AUGAAAAGAGAAGCGGAAAUCGAUAGCUCAGAGUCGGCGGAUAAACUUCCUAAAACUAUGUCAGAAAAGCACGGUGCAGACCAAGAGGCUGCGUUCAUUAGCCCUAGCUCGGCUCGACCCGACCGGGAAACUCAACUAUUUGAUAGGCAAUUGAGGCUUUGGGAGAGCUCGGGUCAAGAGCGUUUCAAAAAAGGGGCAGUGGGAAUCUGCGAUUGUUCGGCAACUUCGACUCAAAUCGCCAAAAAUUUGGUUCUGUCUGGUCUAGGACACGUCGAGAUGUACGAUACAGGAGUCGUCCGGCAAUCAGAUGUGGGGAACAGUUUCUUUUUAGAGCAAGCGAGCUUAGGGGAUUGUCGUGCGACGGAGUGUCGUAGAUUGCUUGGGGAAUUGAGCACAUCUAAACACAACCCAGUCAUGGGCAACUACCACGAGAUCUACAACGCUGAAUACUGGGACGGUUUUGACGAUUUAACCGGAUUCUCAGAUUGGACGGCGCACAUCUGCGUCCGAAUGGUCGAAGAUGACGAAUAUGUCACUGAAAGCUACUGCGAUCGAUUCAAUGUGCCCUCAAUUUUCGUCCAGACUUGCGGCUUGGUGGCAAGCAUUCGGGUUUCGAUUGGCGAGUUCAAUAUUAUCCAAACCCAUUCCGAAUCCCUUGUCGACCUCAGAUUAGAUUCUCCCUUUCCAGCCCUAUCUGAAUUUGUCGAAUCAUUCGACAUGGAGAAGAUGGACAGCCAUGAGCACGCUCACGUCCCGGCCGUUGUAAUCAUCAUCCACUUUUUGGAAGUUUUCAAAUCUAAACAUGACGGCAAGCUACCUCAAAAUUCAGCUGAACGAGGAGAAUUAAAGGAGAUGAUAUUGGCUGAGAAAAGAAACGCCGACGAGGAUAACUUCGAUGAAGCAGUGGGCCUGAUUUGGAAAGCCUGUCAACCGACGCAAGUACCCGCACAUAUAGAAAAAUUAUUUUCCAGUCCUCAUUGCGAUAAAGCACCCUGGUUCGACGGCCAAUUUUGGUUACUUGUGAGAAGUUUACGAGAAUUUGUCAAGCAGCAUCCCAACCACCAAUUGCCUUUGUCUGGCGUCCUUCCAGACAUGAAGUCCGAUACGAAAAACUAUAUCAAGAUGCAAACAAUCUAUCGUCAAAAGGCUGCGGAAGACUUGCAAACCUUUAAGGAAAUCGUUCAAAACAUCAAAAGCUCACUUAAAGGUCGAACCGAUGAUGACGACGGCGACAGCGACGGCGGCGAUGGCGAUGAAGACAGCGAUGAAGACGGCGAUCAAGAUGGUGAUUAUCACGACCCUCCCGAUUAUGAUGUAUCUCCUGAAAUGGUUGAGACAUUUGUCAAAAAUUCUGCCCAUAUACGUGUGAUCCGGGGAGACGAGAGUCCUCCCGGAGCUACCGGGGAUAUAUCCUCGAGAUUCAAAACGGAGUGUGAACCUGGGAAUGAAAACUAUACUGUGACUUGGUAUAUAGCAUUCCAAGCAUUGUCGGACUUUAGGUCGAAGAAUGAUGGCGAAUAUCCAGGCAUGCGAAAAGGGCAAGAAGACAAAGAUUUCGACAGCCUUUUGCAAUUCGCACUCGAAUUUUUAGACCUUUCUGAAGGGGACAAGGAAGCGGUACCUGAGAAACUGGAAAAGGCAUUGAAAGAAAUGGUCAGAUCAGCUGGAUCUGAAUUGCCACAUAUCUCAAGUCUAGUGGGAGGUUUAGUUGCUCAAGAAGUGACCAAAUUGAUCACGCGACAAUACGUACCCAUGACCGGGACUUGUAUCUUCGAUGGAUAUAGAUCAUCUAUUGGAUUUGUAUGA